ACUUUGUUGACGAUUGUAUGUUCGCACAAUGGAUAUGCUCUGUCCACCGUAUGCUGCAGUGUCAUCGCUCUAGAGUCGAAAUUAACGACUCAUAAUUUAACACUUUUGCUAUCGCCAAAGCCUCUGGUGAACUGUCCGCAGUCAGCUGGUCGAAAAGGAGGAUUUUACUCAAUGUUACCAUAAAAAGGACGAUUGUAACAUUACUGCGCUGAAGAAAGGACAGCCUAUGACAUCUAUGGGCCUUUACCGUCUGAUCUGAGGUUGCGUGAAUCUGGUCUGCAUUCUCACCUUGCAAAAUGGCUGUGCUACGGCAGUUUGGAUUACUUCUGUGGAAGAACUACCUACAGCAGAAGCGGCAGAUUCUGGUGACGUUGGUGGAGGUCGCUCUGCCCAUGCUCUUCUCGGCCAUUCUGAUUGCCCUGCGCCAGCGUGUGCCCUUCACGAACUACCCAAAUGCAACACAUUACAACAGCUUCUCUGUGGAUCACGUGCCCUUUAAGUUGGAAUUCGGCAACUACCAGCUGGUCUAUGUGCCUAGCAAUGCCAGUGUGGUGCGCCAGGUGGCUGAAGAUGUGCAGCGCAGCCUGGGUGUCAAGGUCAUCACAUCUGUUCGUGGCUUCGAGACGGAAGAACAGUUUGAAGACUUUGUGAAGACAGACCCUCGUUCAGGAAAGGUUUUGGCUGCUGUGGUGUUUAAGAACACAUUCAUCCAUGAUGAUGAUCCUCUUCCAUUAGAGGUGAAUUAUCACCUGCGGUUCCCAUACAGCCCCCGCUUUGCGCCUGCCAGGGAGAAGUCGGAGCUGAACCCCAAUAAUGACAUGGACUGGCACACGCUUAAACUCUUCCCCCUAUUCCAGCUGCCUGGACCCCGUGAGCAGCACGACCUUCGCGGUGGUACACCAGGAUAUUAUCGUGAGGGCUUUCUCACGCUGCAGCAUGCGGUUGACCGGGCUAUCAUGCGCGCGUACAACAAAACUGCGGCGACGACUCUGCUGGCGCAGACGCGUGUGGUUCUGUCGCGCUUUCCCUUCCCAGCCUUCAUCUAUGAUGUGUUCAUCCUGGUCAUCCAGAGCCAGCUGCCCUUGCUGCUGGUGCUCAGCUUCACCUACACUUCACUCAACAUCAUACGUGCUGUGGUGCAGGAGAAAGAGAGGAAACUCAAGGAGUACAUGCGAAUGAUGGGUCUUAGUAACUGGCUCCACUGGAGCGCCUGGUUCCUCGUGUUCUUCCUCUUCCUCUCCAUCUCUAUCUUCUUCGUCACACUGCUCUUCUGUGUGAAGGUCAGUACCAAAGGAGCAGUAUUGACCUACAGCGAUCCAACCCUGGUGUUUGUGUUCCUGCUGGUGUUUGCUGUCGCAACUAUCAACUUCAGCUUCAUGAUUAGCUCCUUCUUUUGCAGAGCCAAUGUUGCGGCUGCGGCAGGUGGGUUCAUCUACUUCCUGAGUUACGUGCCAUACGUCUUCCUGUGGCCUCGCUACGACCUUCUGAGCCACGCCCAAAAAGUCUCUGCCUGCCUCAUCUCAAACGUUGCCAUGGCAAUGGGAGCACAGCUCAUCGGCAUGUUCGAGGGCAAAGGCACAGGGGUGCAGUGGAGCAACCUGUUUGAGCCGGUGAGCGUGGAUGAUGACUUCUCGCUGGCACAGGUGAUGGGGCUGCUGCUGCUGGAUGCAGUGCUCUAUGGCAUGCUGGCCUGCUACAUGGAGACAGUCUUCCCAGGGGAGUACGGGGUCCCGCGGCCCUGGUACUACUUCAUGCUGCCCUCCUACUGGUGCAGCACUCCCCGUGUGGCGUUCCUGAAGGAGAAGGAGGAAGAGGAGGAUGCAGAGAAGGCGCUGAAGGGAGAGUUCAUAGAGGAGGAGCCGGCCGGCUUGGUGUCAGGAGUUAAGAUCAAGCAUCUAGGCAAGGUCUUCAAAGUGGGAAACAAAACAAAGGAAGCAGUGAGAGAUCUGACACUGAACAUGUUUGAAGGCCAGAUCACUAUUCUACUGGGACACAAUGGAGCUGGCAAGAGCACUACUCUGUCCAUGCUGACAGGUCUAUUCCCCCCCUCCAGCGGUCGGGCCUACAUUAAUGGCUAUGAUAUCAGUCAGGACAUGUCACUUAUUCGCCGCAGCUUGGGCCUCUGUCCACAGCAUGACGUGCUGUUUGACAACCUGACUGUCAGGGAGCAUCUGCUCUUCUAUGCACAGCUGAAAGGAUAUCCACAAGAGAAAAUCCCAGAUGAAGUGGACCGGAUAAUCCGUGUGCUGAACCUGGAGGACAAGCGGGACAGUCGCUCAAAGACUCUCUCCGGAGGCAUGAGGAGGAAGCUCUCCAUCGGCAUCGCCCUCAUCGGAGACUCCAAGGUGGUGAUGCUGGAUGAGCCCACCUCGGGCAUGGACCCCUGCGCUCGGCGCGCCACCUGGGACCUGCUGCAGGGCGAGAAGCGCGGGCGCACCAUCCUGCUCACCACACACUUCAUGGACGAGGCCGACCUGCUGGGGGACCGCAUCGCCAUCAUGGCUGCCGGAGAGCUACAGUGCUGUGGCUCGCCACUCUUCCUCAAGAACAAAUAUGGUGCUGGCUACCACAUGGUGAUAGUAAAAGAUGCGCUCUGUAAUGUGUCUGAGAUUACUCGGCUGGUGCAUCUGUAUGUGCCUAACGCUACGCUAGAGAGCAGUGCUGGAGCAGAACUCUCCUACAUAUUGCCCAAAGAGAGCAGCAACCGUUUCGAGCUUCUGUUUGCCGAGCUCGAGAUGAACAGGGAAGAGCUGGGCAUCGCCAGUUACGGAGCGUCUGUCACCACCAUGGAGGAAGUGUUUCUGAGAGUUGGGAAGCUGGUGGACUCCAGUCUGGACAUCCAGGCCAUCCAGCUGCCGGCACUGCAGUACCAGCACGAGCGCCGGUCACAUGACUGGACCAUGGACGACGCCAGCAGCAUCAGUGGGCUGACUGACGUCACAGAUUUCACUGACAGCGGCACACUCAUCUCAGAGGACUGCUCCAACAUCAAGCUCAAUACUGGGGCCAGACUCUACAUGCAGCAGUUCUAUGCCAUGUUUCUGAAGCGAGCUCUGUAUAGCUGGCGGAACUGGAAGGUGAUGGUGGCCCAGUUCCUCGUGCCGCUGGUGUUCACAGUGCUGGCGCUGGUGGUGGCCCGCACCCUCCCCGGUCGGCACAACACCCCCCAGUUAAAGCUGUCGCUGGACCGCUACGGCCCCACCCACGUGCCUGUAGCCCUGGAGCCCACAGCGGGGCCCUUAGCUGUGGCUCUGGCCCAGGCCUACAGCAGCCAGCUGCCCGAGCAGAGGGCCACACCCAACAACGUCACAGACUUCUCAGAGUAUGUGCUGCGCAAUGCUGAGGAGGAGGGCGGAGCCUUCAAUGAGCACUGUGUGGUGGGUGUGGCUUUCCGAGGCAAAUCCAAGUCAUUCGUUGAGGCGACGGCAUACUUCAACAACCAAGGCUACCACACUCCCGCCACUGCCCUUCUGCUGCUGGACAAUGCCCUGUACCGCAAGCUGGCUGGACCCAACGCCUCCAUACGCGCGGGGAACGACCCUAUGCCACGCAACUUAUCUGAAACGGCACAGAGCCAGCUCUCUGUGAGUCAGACAGGCUUUGCCAUUGCAAUAAACCUGAUGUACGGAAUGGCGUCUUUGUCCAGCACAUUUGCGCUGCUGCUGGUGACCGAGCGCUCACUGAAGUGCAAGCAUGUGCAACAAGUCAGCGGGGUGUACCUGUCCAACUACUGGUUCUCCGCCCUGCUCUGGGAUCUCAUCAAUUUUCUGCUGCCCUGCAUGCUCAUGCUGGUGGUGUUCAGGGUGUUUGCCGUCAAGGCGUUUGUGGAGCAUAACCACCUGGUGGAUGUGCUGCUGGUGCUGCUGCUCUUCGGCUGGGCGGUGGUGCCGCUGAUGUACCUGCUCAGCUUCCUGUUCUCCACGGCAGCCACUGCCUACACCCGCCUCACCAUCUUCAACAUCAUCAGCGGCACCGCAACCUUCCUGGCAGUCACCAUCAUGACCAUACCAGAGCUGCAAUUACAGGACCUAUCUCGCAUCCUGGACAAGGUCUUCCUGCUCUUCCCCAACUACUGUCUGGGCAUGUCCUUCAGCCAGUUCUACCAGAACUAUGAGCUCAUUUCCUUCUGCACCCCCAACCCCAUUGCAGAGGCUUUCUGCAAAUACUACAACCUCACCUACCAGGAGAACUACUUCUCAAUGAUGUCCCCAGGCAUCGGUCGCUACCUGGUUGCCAUGGCUCUACAGGGUGUGCUCUUCAUCGUUCUCCUCUUCCUUGUGGAGCUGCAGUGUGUGCGCACGCUAAAGCGCAUGCUGGGCUCCCUCUGCUGGAGACACAGGAAGGGGCACUUGCUGGCUGAAGCAGCAUUACGGUCUGAGGACAGGGAUGUGGCUGAAGAGAGGAAGAGAGUUCUAGAAUGCCAGCCAGUGGUGGAGUCCAUGGUGGGGAGCCCACUCGUCUUGACGGAGCUCACCAAGGUGUACACAGGGGGACCAUGUCUGCUGGCGGUCGAUCGGCUCUCUCUGGCCGUGGGCAAGGGCGAGUGCUUUGGCCUGCUGGGCUUCAAUGGAGCGGGGAAAACCACCGCCUUUAAGAUGCUCACUGGAGAUGAGACUGUAACUUCAGGAGAUGCCUACAUUGAUGGGUACAGCAUCUUGAGGGACAUCAAGAAGGUUCAGCAGCGGAUUGGGUACUGUCCUCAGUUUGAUGCAGUGCUGGAUCACAUGACAGGCCGUGAAACCCUAAGCAUGUAUGCGAGGUUGAGGGGUGUGCCGGAGAAGUACGCUUCCGGCUGCGUGGAGAACGUGCUCAGGUCCCUCCUGCUGGAGCCUCAUGCUGACAAGCUGGUCCGCAGCUACAGUGGGGGCAACAAGAGGAAACUGAGUGCCGGGAUGGCUCUGAUUGGUAGCCCACCUGUCAUCUUUCUGGACGAGCCAUCAACGGGCAUGGAUCCUGUUGCCAGGCGACUGUUGUGGGAUGCCGUCACCCGUACACGCGAGUCUGGCAAAGCAGUCAUCAUCACUUCACACAGCAUGGAGGAGUGUGAGGCGCUAUGCACUCGUCUGGCCGUGAUGGUGAACGGCCAGCUGAAGUGUCUGGGCAGCCCCCAGCACCUGAAGAGCAAGUUCGGUAGUGGCUACACCCUCCUGGCCAAGGUGCGCUUAGAGAGCGAGGUGGAGGAGACCCUGCUGCAGCUCUUCAAAGAAUUCAUUGAGUCCACAUUCCCAGGGAGCUUACUGAAGGAUGAACACCAGGGUAUGGUGCACUACCACCUGACUGACAAAAGCCUGACAUGGGCACAGGUGUUUGGGACCCUGGAGGCAGCCAAAGAGAAGUACUGCAUAGAAGACUACUGUGUCAGUCAGAUCUCUCUGGAGCAGGUGUUCCUGAGCUUCGCCCAGUUCCAGCACUGUGCCGAGGGCAGUCGCAAGUGAAGGACACAAAAGCGGGAGAGGAGCCCCUUUUUCCGUCUCCCUCCCACCUGCAGCGCACACUUCCUGUCUGUGCAGGGCUUGAGCAAACAGACUCUCCUCUAGGCUACACCAGAGGACUGCUCAGGUCUUCAUCAUCAUCAUCAUCGUCCUCCUCAUCAUCACCACCACCACCACACUCAACACAUACUGACACAAGCCUCAACCACAGUGCAGUUCUGCACAUUGUCCAUGUGUGUUAGCAGGUUAACUGUGGAGCGUCUGUGUCUCUCCUUUAGUUUCAGUUGGUGUGUCAGGCGUUGAAUCUGUGGAAGUGUACUGUACUGUACUGUACUGGGGUGGGCUGGGUGCGCACAUGGUUCUGAGUCUUAAAUAUUGCACCUUUUUGUUUGUUGAAGACUUGAAGUAUAUUACUACUGGAGAUGAAGUUUAUUCUGCACUCCCCCAAAACGUGGUCUGUUUGACCAUCCAUGAAUGGAUGCGUUUCUUGUUCAGCUUUUUUUUUUUGCUGUGUCUGUGUGUAUUAUUUAUGUGUAUUAUUUGCUAUGGCUUUUGUUUUUUUUUCCACUGUUUAUCACUUUGAGCGGCAUCUCAUUGUAAACCUGUGUAAAUACAGUCAAAUCAUUCCUUGAUAACGCUUCCCAACUCCAGCGCCAUUCAGGUCAACAACAAAUAGGCAUGCUGACGUGAAACCCUUAUAAGAGAAACGCAUGACAUUAAAAUAGAGAAACCGGCCCACCACCCCCCCCCCCCCCCCCCCCCCCAAGAGAAACAACCUAGAACCUAGGCCUAGAACAACGUUUUAUAGACAUGGGAACAAAACUACUUCGAGAAGUAGGCCUCAGAAUGUCUUUUGUUGUCAUGGUACAUGCAAUCCAUUUGCACUUCUCAGACACUCAUUACAUAUAAAUAUGCAUCACAGAAGCAAUCUUGCUAACACCAUGCAGCCAUGUUCUUUACUUAAGUGAUGGAUAGGCUGUUCCGUGUGUGUGUAUAUGUCUUUAUGCUUGCCUGUGUGUGUGUGUGUGUGUGUGUGUGAACAGUAUGCGUAUAUGUUUGAAAAAGCAUUCCUGCAUUCUCUUAAUCUAAAGUGAAACCACUAUUGUGCCGCUCUUCUCAAUCAGUGAACUUUACUCCGGUUACGUCCUCUUGAGACCCAGAUGUGCCUUAUUUAAAAGGCAGUGCACUCACCCAUGCAGAUGUCCUGUAUGAUGUCUGUCCUACAGAGCGUUUCUCUCACAUUUACAGCAAGGAGCUGACAUCACUGCUGAACGGUGCUCUGGGACCCUGUAUUUGUAAGGAGCUUAAUACUAAAAUGCAUAAUAAUCGUAGGUCAGUAAUUCCAGUCUCAACAACCUGAUUAUGACCACAGAAACUGCACCUCUGAUUAAAGGGCCUCGAAACCCAAGUCAUUUUAUUCAGCGCCUGAUGGCAGGACCAUCUCUGAGAAUUCACACUUGAAUGUAUUUAAAACCAGUUGAAUGCUCAGAGGUAAAGUCAUUCAGAUCUCCAAAGUCAUUUUUUGUUGCCAAGACAAAAAUGACUCCCUUUAUUGGAAAGCGUCACUAAGUGUGCGAGUAAAUACACUGAUUGGAGAGGGCAUGCUUACAUUAUAGUCUUCUGUUAACCAAAUGCCUCACUCAUUCUCUGUGAAGUGCAAAUAGUUAUUUUACGACUUAAACAUUUGGGGAACCUGUAUUUGCUCAAUUUUAGCUGGUGAAGGACAAGCGUUUGGACAUUCUGUUGCAUUGUGACAUUCUUUGAUGGGCUUAUGAGGAAGCGGCACCUUGACCUAUUUUCUUUGUCUUUUUUUAUAUUUGCACAGCACAUUAACAUCUUUUGUUUUUUUAUUCAGAAUCGCAUUUGUAAUUAAUAAUAAUGACAAAACUGAGAAAUUACUACUGUAUCAUAUUUAAAAAAGGGAAUCCAUGUUAUAAUCUUCCGUACUGUACCACUGAAUGAACCGUGUCAAAUAUACAUGUAUUGCUGUAAUUUUGUAUUAAAUAUGCUUAAUGACAAAA